AUGAAGAAAUUAAUUCAAAAAGACAAGCCCGAAAGACAUGUAAAAGCUGAAAAGAAACCUCCUCCUAAAGAGGAGAAGAAAGUAAAGAGCACUAAAGUGGAAAUAAAAGUUAAAAAGGAAGUGAAGGAUGGAAAAGGAGAAGCAAAGACGACUGAGAAGGUCAAGCAGGCAGAGACAAAAACAACAGAAGUUGGGCUAAUAAAGGCCAAACCAAAAGUUAAGGAGGAGAAAGCUCUUCAGACUGUAACUAAAUCGGAAAAGAAAGAUCAAUAUGCAUUCUGUCGCUAUGUGAUUGACAUGUUUGCGCAAGGGGAUUUUUAUCCAGGACAUAAGGAACUGGUACCACCUCCUCUUCUUCUAGAACAUAGUCCAAGAAAGAAACCAUUAGCUAUUGAAGAGAGAAGAGAGGAAAAGAAAAAGACUGAUGCAAAGAAGGCUAUGACUGAAACUAAGAAGAAAGAAAAAGAAGGAAAAAAAGAGAAAGCUCAUGAGAAGACAGCUGCCCCUAAAAUUAAAAAAGCAGAUAAAAAAGAAGCUGCUGUGUCCAAAGAACUCAAAAAGCCAGCAAAAACUCCUGCAGCCAAACCAGCCACCAAAAAAGCAGCAGCACCAGACCUCUUUUGUGGUCUAUCUCAGAGAUCUCCACCAAAUAAAGGAACAAUAACUUGCAUCAAUAGAGUAGAUUGGGAGUUUGUCAAGGACCAGUGCAAGCCAGGAACAUCUUCAGAUGCCUCUACCACAAAAGGACUUGCAGGCUGGAAGUGCAGCUGA